GCCGUGUCCGCGUCCCCCCCCCCCGCCGGUGCGUGUGUCACCCGCGCGCGGCGGCGCUCAGGCCGCGAGAGCGCUCCUGGCCACCGGCGGUGCGGGAGCGGUCCCGGCCCGGGAGGAGAACUGGGAUCGGAGCCGUGCAGGGCCCCGGACAUCUCGCCCGGUGUCGGCCCGGCCUGGCCUGACCCAACCGCCCUGCCGGGAGCGGCUGAGGGAAGAGGAGGAAGCGGCCAGCGCCCGGUGUCUGUGUCGUUGCGCGGCCGCGGCCCGGAAUGAAGUGAGGAGGAGCCGCCGCCGCCGGGAGACACUUCCGUGUUGCGGGAGAGGCCGCACCGGCCUGUAGGUUGCUGCCUGUGCCUCGCCGCCGCCGCAUCGGGCAGCGUCCCCAGCCCCAGCCACAGUCCGAUCCCGUAUGUAUCGGCGCUGCCUCAUGUGAGGCGGGCGGGCGGUGCGGGAGCGAGCGAGGCCCCGGCCUGGCCCGCUGUUGUCCGUCCGGUGCGUUUGCGCGGCGCCGCCGGGUCCCCAUGGCGCCCUGAGCGCGGCGGUGGCGGCGGGUUCCCUGGGCCGCGCCCUCGCCCGUGAGCGAGCUCGAUGCCGAGUACCUCGGACGCACCGGCCGGCGGGAGCGGGGGCAGCCGGGGCUGGGGCGGCGGCGGCGGCAGCGCGGCGGUGGAGGCGGCGUCCGACAAGAAGCGGCUGCACCACCGGAGGCGGAAGCGCUUCGCGGCCCAGCCGCAGCCUCCCCCGCCGGCGCCGCACCCGCUGCUGUUCCCACUCCUGCAGCCGCCGCUCCUGCAGCCCCCGCUGCUGCAGCCCCCGCUGCCGCCACAGUCCCUGCUCUUCUUGGCGGCCACCGGCGCCUCCUCCUGUUGCGGGGACGGCGGGGAGCGGAAGCGACCGCGGGGCAAGCGGCGCUCGGGCUCCCGGCACAAGCGGCGGCGGGGCCGCGGCGGCGGCGGGGGGGGCACCCAGGAGGCGGAAAAGCGGCGCGGUAGCGGCGGCCUGAGUACGCUGGUGGAGGAGUACGACGACGUGAGCUCCCAGUCCGAGGGGCUGUUGGGCGGCGGCGCGGCCGGCGGGGGCAGCGGCGGGGGCAGCCCGGGCUCCUCCUCGGGCGGUGGGACCCAGCGGCAGCGGAGCGAGGCGGAGCGAAGCGGCCGGUCCCGCCGGGAACACCGCGGCAGCAGCGGGCGCUCCAAGGAGCGGCAUCGGGAGCAUCGCCGGCGGGGAGAGGAGAAGGCGCAGCAGGAGGGGGCGGCGGCACCGGGCCGCGGGGCAUCCGAGCCCUCCUCGUCCUCCAAAUCCCGCAGUCGUCAUAACCACACUGGGAGCCAAGACCGGGAGGGACAUAAGAGCAGCAGCAGCGGCGGUGGCAGCGACGGCCGCAGGAAGGGCUCCCUCGCGUCGCCCAGCAGCGGUAGGAAAGACCGGGAGAGCAGACAGCACCGGAGCCGGACUAAAGCGGCCAAAGAGCCGCCGUCGGCUUACAAGGACCCUCCGAAAGCUUACCGGGACGACAAGCCCGAGCCCAAAGCGUAUCGGCGGCAGCGCUCGUCGCCCAGCCCCGGCCGGGAUGACAGCCCUCCUUUGCACCGCUCCUCGCAGAGCCAGCGCAGCCGCAAGUCACUCAGCCCGGUGGGCGCCCGCUCGCCACUCAGCCCCUACAGCCGCCGUCGCUCCCCCAGCUACAGCCGGCACAGCUCCUACGAGCGCGGCGGGGAUGUGUCGCCCAGUCCCUACAGCAGCUGGCGCCGGUCGCGGAGCCCCUACAGUCCUGUUAUCCGGCGAUCAGCAAAAUCUCGAAGCAGAAGUCCAUUUUCAUCAAGGCACUCCAGGUCUCGUAGCAGACACAGAUUGUCUAGAUCCAGAAGUCGUCAUUCAAGUAUUUCUCCUAGUACAUUGACUCUGAAGAGUAGCCUGGCUGCUGAGCUGAAUAAAAACAAAAAAGCAAGAGCUGCUGAGGCAGCCAAAGCUAGUGCAAAAGCUUCCAAUACUUCAACACCAACCAAAGGAAACACUGACACUGCUGUAAGUGCACUUCAAGUGAACAAUGUUAAGGACUUGAAGAAAAUCAAAACUGAGCAUACACCUUCCCCUACCAGUGGUGCAAAUUUGAAAAAUGACAAGGCCAAAGCCAAGGUCUUGCUUCCUGAAACAAAAGCAGAAAAUAAUUUAAUUGCAGACAAAAUCACUAAACAGAAGCCUGCAGCAGUAAAAGAGAAUAAAUUGACUGUUAUGAAACAGCCACCAGUCACUGUAAAAGAGAAAAGCAAACCAAGUACACCAAGUGUAGUAGCCAAGGAGAAGGAUCGAAUUGUUGCACUACCGACCUCCACACUGCCACCCUUGCCUUUGCCUCCCACGCUGCCUGAAGAUAAAGAAACUGAUAGUUUGAGAGAUAAUCUUUCAGUGAAGUCAGUUAAAGAAACAGAGAAGAAACUUCGCCAUCUGCUUGCAGACUUGCCACUUCCACCUGAGUUGCCUGGAGGAGCUGAGGUACCCAAAAGUCCUGAAGAAAAGAAACCAGCAGUUCAGUUACAUAGCAAGAGAAGACCAAAAAUAUGUGGACCACGACAUGGUGAAACAAAAGAAAAAGAAAUAGACUGGGGAAAGCGCUGUGUGGAUAAAUUUGAUAUAAUUGGUAUUAUUGGUGAAGGCACUUAUGGGCAAGUUUACAAAGCCAGAGAUAAAGAUACAGGGGAAAUGGUAGCACUGAAGAAAGUACGUCUGGAUAAUGAAAAGGAAGGGUUUCCAAUUACAGCUAUUCGAGAGAUUAAGAUUCUUCGACAGCUUAAUCACCAAAGCAUUAUCAACAUGAAGGAAAUAGUGACGGAUAAGGAAGAUGCUUUGGACUUCAAGAAGGACAAAGGUGCAUUUUACCUGGUAUUUGAAUAUAUGGACCAUGACUUGAUGGGACUGUUGGAAUCUGGUUUGGUUCAUUUUAAUGAAAAUCAUAUUAAAUCUUUUAUGAGACAGCUAAUGGAGGGCUUGGCCUAUUGCCACAAGAAGAACUUUCUGCAUAGAGAUAUCAAAUGCUCAAAUAUUCUACUAAAYAAUAGAGGGCAGAUAAAACUUGCAGAUUUUGGGCUUGCUCGGCUGUACAACUCUGAAGAAAGCCGACCAUAUACCAACAAAGUCAUCACAUUAUGGUAUCGGCCUCCUGAACUGCUGCUUGGGGAAGAAAGAUACACACCAGCUAUUGAUGUCUGGAGUUGUGGCUGUAUCCUGGGUGAACUUUUUACAAAAAAGCCAAUAUUUCAAGCAAAUCAAGAACUUGCUCAACUGGAACUUAUAAGCCGAAUUUGCGGAAGUCCUUGUCCAGCAGUGUGGCCUGAUGUUAUAAAAUUAGCUUAUUUCAACACAAUGAAACCAAAGAAGCAGUAUCGUCGAAAACUGAGAGAAGAGUUUGCUUUCAUCCCACCAGCUGCAUUAGAUUUAUUUGAUUAUAUGCUUGCCCUGGAUCCCAGCAAGCGCUGCACAGCUGAACAAGCUCUUCAGUGCGAGUUUCUCCGAGAUGUGGAACCAUCUAAAAUGCCUCCUCCAGACCUUCCUUUGUGGCAGGAUUGCCAUGAGCUGUGGAGUAAGAAACGCAGAAGACAGAAGCAGAUGGGCAUGACAGAUGACUCUACAGCAGCCAAAGUCCCUAGAAAGGAUCUGUCUCUAGGCAUGGAUGAGAGCAGAACAAACACCCCACAAGGCAUGCAAACUUCUUCCCAACUCAAAACUCAGGGCAACUCUAGUGUAGCACUUGCAAAAACAAGCACUGGACAGCAGUUAAACCAGAAUGAAGUGGCAAUCCUGCUAAACCUGCUACAAUCUAAAACAAGUGUUAGUUUGGCACAGUUUGCCCAAGUAUUGAAUAUUAAGGUAAACCCAGAGACUCAGCAGCAACUAAAUAAAAUAAAUCUUCCUGCUGGAAUUUUGUCAGCAGGUGAAAAACAGUCAGAAAAACAGCAGCAGCCACCGCCGCCUCCACCACCACCCCCAGAGCAGGAGCCUCUAAAAGAGCCGAUGGUCACACAGCCCCCUGUGCCACCUGCUCAGCUGGGUCAGCCUAAAAUUGAGACUGAUGCUGCCCAGGCAGCUGUGCAGAGUGCAUUUGCUGUUCUGUUGUCUCAGUUAAUAAAGGCUCAGCAAACAAAACAAAAAGAUUUUGUGUUGGAGGAGAAGGAAAACGGAUCAGGAAAUGAAAUGUCAUUACAACUCAGACAGCCUCCAGAGCCYGCCACUCCUGUGUCUGUCAGCCGGGACGACGUGGAAUCUCCAGCACCUGGCUACCCACAUCUGAUCAAGUCAUUAUACAUGUCUACAGGUCAAGAGGAUUUGGCUAGGCAGUCUGAGAUGAGGCUUCUGAACCGAGCAUCUGAGCAGGAGCGCCCUCGGAUCUUGCCUCCAGACCAGCGUCCCCCCGAGCCACCAGAGCCUCCGCCUCUCACUGAGGAAGACCUUGAUUAUCGGACAGAGAAUCAGCAUUUGCCUAUAAGUAACUCUUCAGGAACAGAUCCUCACGCGGGAGUGAAAGCAGCUCUUCUGCAGCUGCUGGCUCAGCAUCAAGCUCAGGCGACAACAGAGGAGCCAGUACAAACGAGUGUGGAUUAUCAGACUAGAGACUCCUAUGUAACAGGCCCAGGCUACAAGGAUAACUUUGGAUCAUCAUCCUUCUCAUCUGCCUGUUACAGCUCUAGCGAUGGAAUAGGAAGCGGAUCAUCAGGAGUAUUAGAAAGGAGUUUCCUUGGAAACUCAGAUAUUCAGUCUUUGGAUAACUACAGUACUGCUUCAUCUCACUCUGGUGCUGCCCCUCCUCCAUCAGCCUUUCCAGAAUCCUUUCCCAGCUCAGUAACGGGUUAUGGAGACAUUUACCUCAACACUGGUCCCAUGCUGUUUAGUGGAGAUAAAGACCAUAGGUUUGAAUACAGCCAUGGCCCAAUCCCCGUUUUGGGGAGCAGCAGUGAUCCUUCCACAGGGCYAGAGAGUACACACUCUUUGACCACAAAGAUGCACAACUAUAGCUAUGGAAGUAAUUUACAGGAAAAUCCCACUGGCAUCAGCCACAUGCAUGGACAGACUUGGACUUCUCCUGCCCAAGGACCUGGCUAUUCCCAAGGAUACAGGGGACACAUUAGCACAUCUGCAGUGAGAGGGCGAGGCAGAGGAUUACCAUAUUGAGUAUCUGUUUUUCCUCAGGCACAUCAUUUUUAUCUGGAAAAACUUCCCCCAGCUUAGCUGCAGUUUAAAGCAGCAGUUCAACAGACUUGAAUAAUGUUAAUUCAACAAGCUUUAUUUUUAUGUGGAAAAGGGUCUUGCAUACAGUAGGAAAAAUUUAAAAAAUGCUUACAACUCAUGCUGUUUAAAAACUAAAUGACUUGAUUGUACAUGUUCACAAACUCUAGUUCUGACUUUUAUUUUGUAUUUUGGCAGUUUUAAGUGGAUGCUAAAUUUAGGGACAUCAGCUUUUUAAUGGCACUCUUUCAGAUCUUCUGAACUAUGCACAUUUGUGCUUUUUUUUGUAAGUUUGGACCAACUUUUAUGUAAAAAAAAAUUUUACAACAAUCAAAGCAGGGCGCUGGUUUAUUUGGUAUUUUCUUUUUACAGAAUUACCUUUAAUCAAAGGUUACUGUCAGUCUUUGCACUGCUUUCAGUGUUACUGUGAAAGGUGUACUUUUGUGCUCAUUUCAGAUAAUAAAACACAACCUUUCUCUUAAUGCAAAAUUUUAUAAAUACUUGGUUAACGUUUUUUUUUUUCCUUUCAAGAAAAAAAGGGGUGUUCUGGUAAAAUGUUCUCUCCAUCUCCCACGUUUAUUUAUAUAAAAACUGUUUUACUUGAAUGGUAAGUGCCUUAACAUGUAAGCUUAAGGUCUGCAAAAAUUUGGAAGUACUUCAUAGAUCACUAUGAACAUGCCUAAACCUAGGUAGUUAACAGGAGAAUUCAGAUAAUAAUAAGAAACUCAAACAGGUCAUAAACUUGUGCUGUUUACUUCACAUGGGUCAGUUACUUAGUGACCUGAUCUUAUCUAGAUAAAAUUGUAUUUUCCAAAUCGAACUUCAUGAGAACGUUGAAACUGAGAAGAAUGAAGAGUGUAGUUUUUCUUCAGCUCCCUAUUGGAGUUGUAUUAAGUGUUUUAGUUCCUCUGCCAAAUAAACUAUACACUAUAUGUCCUUACCGAGUGAUAAAAUAGUUUUUUUUUCUUAAAUGUCAACAGCAGUAAUAUCUUUACUUUGUGUGAAAAGCUGACACUGUUGUCUUUUUACCACGAGUACUGCAUUGUAGGAAGUAACCAAAGGAAAAAUGACCAGUAUUUAAAGCAAUGGCAAAAUGUUUGACACUAGUUGUAAUUUGCUGUAAACUUGUGACUGUGCCAAUUAAUUGUUUUUURUAUCUUCUAUUCCAUAGAACAUUUUAAUAUUGGAAUUGAAUAUCUGAACAAUUAAAAUUAUUAUAGUUAAAAUUCUUACCAAGAGCCACUCCUCAUACUAAUUACAAAUUCCAGCAUGGUUUUUUUUUUUUUGUUUCCUCUGACAAGAAGUGGUCUCUCUCCUGCAGAGAGGAGGUAUGAUUAUAUUUUGCCUGUACGAAAAGAAUGUCUUGAAGCCCAUAUUGGAAACAAUUUUCCAACUGAUUAUCCAGUUGACAAAUCGGUACCUUAUGUAACUGAGUGUUUAAAUAUUACUUUUUAAAAAGUAAAAUUUCUACUUACACUAUUACAAAUGUAGUCUUGUCAAUGACUUUUUGGAUUUUCAGAAUAGAAGCCAAAGCUGUUUUAAUUGAAAAUCCUGGUUCAUGUAUGGCUAAUUCCCACCCUGUAGAGCAUGAAGAAACUCCCUUCGUUAACUGUGUAGUGUUUGAGGAUCUAGCAGAUGAGGAACAGAGAGAGUCCUGCUGUGUAUGCUGUUCCCACAAGUCUGGCAGUUGCCUUCUUGAGACACAGUAAAAAUCCUGCCAUCUGAAAAUAAAAUUUUCUAAGUCAGAAACAAGUACAACCUGGAUAGCCUGUGCUUAAGAAAAGCAAAAGCUUCAUGUGAAUGACAGUGCAUUGGACCAUUUUUUCCUUGAGUAAGGACACCCUUGUAUCAUUUUUCUGCUAGUAAAAUUAUGAAGACAAAAACCAUUUCAUGUCAUUUAGCUAUGGACAGUGUCGGCUAAGGUUCUUUCUUUGUUUAUUAAUAUUUAAAAAACCAGACCCACAAAUAUACACAUAGAUUGGUUGGGUNUUUUUUUUUUUUUUUUUUUUUUUUUUUUUUUUUUUUUAAAGAAUCAAGCAAAAGACUUUCAAAGCUUAUAUGCACUUACUUUCACUGAAGAUGUGCAGUCUGGGGUUCCUCACCUGUAAUUGAAAUAUAACUGCAGGCCAUAGUUGGCUAAAAAACACAGGUAAGUCCAAAUGGAAAGUAAGGAAAGUAAUGGAAAUUUCAGAUGACUAAAUUAAUUGACUUCCAAUACUAAAAUGUAAGGAAAAAGUUGUGUUUCCUGUUGUUUCCCUUUUGUACACAAAUUUUCAAGUCAUUUAUUUCAUUUCAUUCAGUGCAUGUGUAAAUAACUGCAAUUUCCUUAUGAGCUGGCAGUUCUCUCAUACAUUGUUCUACCAAAACAGAUUUCAGUCUUUGGCCAUGAAAGAAACCCCAACAACCCCAGCACAAGUAAUCCUGAGUGUGAGGAGAGAGAAGGAGGUGCAAUAGACAGUUGACUUCCAGAUGAAUCAGAAACCAAACUGGCACUCACAUCAGUAGCACAUGAAUACUGUACAAUGGCUUUUCCCCAGCAUAAGGAUUACUAGCCUGUGACUUUGAACACUAUGUGCCUAGUAUGACCAUGCUGGGAUAAUUUGGAGGGAAAGGUAAUGUGUAUAUGAUAACACAAAUAUGAUAACUCUGAAGAGAUUGCCUUCUCUGCAACCCAGGGAAUCUUGGCUCUUUUGCGGACACCUUUCCUCCUGGGCUGAUGGAGGCUGGGUGUGGGUGAAGARCUCUGCCCUUGAGGUUGUGGCAGGAGGAUUGGUGACCGCAGCCUCUCCCCUGGCCUGGAAUUGUCUGGGCAUGUUCACAGCCAGGGAACUGCCCAGAUCUAAGGACAGUGGGUCCCCAUUCAUUUGUACCAGAUCUGUGUAUUAUCUGUGUAUUAACUUUUCUUUUGAAUUAAAUCACAUGACAAGGUGCUUAUAGCAGAAUUUUACCCUUUUGACCAAACUCCAUGUAGCAGAGUGAGCCUGUACUAGUUUGGCAUUUUACAUCACGUGUCUCUUGCAUUUUUCAUGCAGUUAGUAAACAUUYUGAAAACAGCAUUUUUAGAAUUAUUUUUCUGUGGAGCUGUGGCUGUUGUUACUUUCUCCCUCAUUCCUUUGCAUUUAUUUUUUCUGUGCUGCAAUUCCAAAGUGAGCUACAGAGACCUGGAUACUACAUCAAAAAGUAAGUGUUGUGUGUUUGUAUUUCUAAAUAAACAUAGUGAAAUACUGUAAUUAUGGACUAUCAGAUAGSAAGUACUUAAUUAUUUAUAUUAAGUGGUCUUUAGCCAUACCAAGAAGAAGAAAGCGAGCACGAUUGGACUGCUUCUGACCAGGACUUAAAACUCUUAGACUAUUACAAUGCUUAAAUUCGGCCAAAGGAAAAGAAGACAGCUUUUAUGGAUCACUAGUUGUUGUUAUCCUAAACAGAAUGUGCACUGCUGGGGAAGAGGUAUAAAAAUACAUGUAUCCUUAAAUGUUAAUAUAAUUAUUGAAAAAAUAAUUUUUUUGUUUCCAUUAAAUGUGGUCUCUUUAAUUUUCUCCAUCCCGUAGUGCUUUCCAGAAGCAGAGGCAAUAAGUGCCGUGCUGUAAGUUCUUAUUUUGAGUGUUCUCCUUUUGCUUGGUGCAGGAGGCAGUUUCAGUUUUGAUGGAUUUUAYGGGUGGAUGAGCUUAAUAGACAAUUGCGGUAAAAACUGAAAUACUGAAGUAACACAGGAUACCUCUUGUCUGCAGGGAGAUCAGAUCUUGGACURUGAAUUCUGUUUCCAAGAGAGAAAAAUGUCAGAUGUAUUACUUGCAUUCUUCUUUCCAUUAAUGAAACACGCAAGUGUUUACAUACAACAUAUCUCCAGUCUAUUCUGUUACAGUGAUUUUUACAUGAGGAAGUUUUGGCUACUACCAUUCUUGAUGGUUUUGGGAUGUUGUGUUUGCAGAAGUGUGUCAUAAAAUUAGGGAAUCACCAGAAAAUUUAUUUGAAUUCUGUAUUUAAAAAUGAAAUGACCUUGGGUUGACUUAAAUUAACUUUCUUAUCAGGGUGAAGAAACUUUAUUGCAGGAGCUAUUUCAAGACAAUUUAAAUUGUUAUGCUUCAGCUUGCUUACUCUUUGUUAUUUUAAGCCAUGUGUAUAUAAAAUGUACUGUGCGGUCUGUAAGUAAAAUAAAUGAAAACUUGAA